CAGAUGGUUAAAUUCAUGGAUUACAAAUAGUCGACAAAAUAAAUAAUUUUCUCAUUGAAAAUAAACUAUUUUUAUAACAAACAUAAAUCAACAAAUCAUAAUAAAUGAUUGGAUGUGCGUGAUAGCGAUUGCAAGGUGGGAGGCGGGGUAUUCAUAAUGACUGGAUUGUUAGCCAACAGCAAGUGUGGAUAAGUAAGAGGGAAAGGGUGCUUCAAAUUACAUAUACAGUGAUAAUACAUCGUGUAUCGACAAUAAAAAGGCAGUAAAUGUGUAAAGUGUAAGCGCGAAAGUUUUGCUCUUACGUGUUCUACGCAGAAUCACGCACUCCACUUGAAGCUGAUGCCAAUCCGCCAUAAUGUCGUGUACGUAACGCCAUAAUGAUGCGCCCGAGUGAUAGCAGACAGCAACGCGGGAUAAACAUUUGUUUAGUGGUUAAUUAAUGUAAUGCCAUAAUAAAAUUGUGAAUCUAUAUUUAACUGUUGUUAAAAACGUCAAAGAGUUGUAAAACUUCACGAUAAUUAUAGCAUUCACGUUGAACCAAGUGCCACUUCAAUAACCCAAAGUGGAGAAAUAUUUUUGAUGACUUACAAUGGAUGAUGAUGAAGGCACUUCAAGUUCUGGACCAAUGUCAUCAUUAAAUAGCCUUUUUUCGUUCACUAGUCCGGCAGUUAAAAAACUAUUGGGUUGGAAGCAAGGUGACGAGGAAGAGAAAUGGGCUGAAAAAGCUGUAGACUCGUUGGUAAAAAAAUUAAAAAAAAGAAAAGGUGCUAUUGAAGAAUUAGAAAGAGCAUUAAGCUGUCCUGGAACUCCAAGCAAGUGUGUUACAAUACCAAGAAGUCUUGACGGAAGACUUCAAGUGUCUCAUCGAAAGGGUUUACCACAUGUUAUUUAUUGCCGUGUAUGGAGGUGGCCAGAUCUUCAAUCUCAUCAUGAGCUAAAGCCACUGGAUUUGUGCCAAUAUCCAUUCUCAGCUAAACAGAAAGAAGUCUGCAUCAAUCCUUAUCACUAUAAGCGCGUCGAAAGCCCGGUAUUACCACCAGUACUAGUGCCACGACAUUCAGAAUAUGCACCGGGUCAUUCAUUGCUGCCUUUUCAACAACUUCCAGAGCCAACGAUGCCUCAUAAUGUUUCUUAUUCAACAAGUGGAUUUAAUGCAGGCUCUACCAGCGGAAGUAGUAUCAAUCCUACGUCUCCAAUGUCAUCGAUAGGUUCAGCUCCAAGUCCAAGUAGUACAGCAUCAAAUAAUCCUCAAAGUCCUUAUGGUUCUAAUGGUUUACCAGAAACUCCACCACCAGCUUAUUCACCUCCUGAAGAUGGUUCUCAAACUGGUCAGUCACCACCACCAGAUCCCGCUGCUAUGGACACAGGAGGACCUGCUGAAGUAGCUCCAGUUUGCUAUCAAGAACCUCCCUAUUGGGCAUCCAUUGCUUAUUACGAGCUCAAUUGUCGUGUUGGAGAAGUUUUUCACUGUCAAUCUCAUUCUGUUAUCGUUGAUGGCUUUACAAAUCCAAGUAAUAAUUCUGAUAGAUUUUGUCUUGGCCAAUUAUCAAAUGUAAAUCGCAAUUCUACAAUAGAAAAUACAAGAAGACAUAUUGGAAAAGGAGUACAUUUAUAUUAUGUUGGUGGAGAAGUCUAUGCAGAAUGUUUAUCUGAUUCAGCAAUCUUUGUGCAGUCGAGAAAUUGCAAUCAUCAUCAUGGAUUCCAUCCUAGUACUGUUUGUAAAAUACCUCCUGGCUGUUCAUUAAAGAUUUUUAAUAAUCAAGAAUUUGCUCAGCUACUUUCGCAAAGUGUUAAUCAUGGAUUUGAGGCUGUCUACGAAUUAACAAAAAUGUGUACUAUAAGAAUGUCAUUUGUAAAAGGUUGGGGUGCAGAAUAUCAUCGACAAGACGUAACGUCAACUCCCUGUUGGAUUGAAGCUCAUCUGCAUGGUCCGUUACAGUGGCUCGACAAGGUUCUUACUCAAAUGGGAUCACCUCAUAAUGCCAUAAGUUCUGUGUCGUAAAUACUUAAAAAAUAGACAAGAAUCAGUUAAUUUUUACAUUUGAAAACUGAAAUAAUUGCCCUUAUAAACCUGACUUAGAUAGAAAACGAGACUGAUGCGUUUGACGAAACAAUUAUUACUUCAUAAGUGUGUUGAUUUUAAUUUCUUAAAAAAGUUCUCAUGAAAAGAGAUUAUUUAUCCAUGAUGCGAUUAUUCAAUUCCACAAGAAGACAACAUUCAUUAUGAUACUAUAAACUUUGAUGCAAGUGCAAAUAAGUAGAAUUAAAAGUUGAUUAAAUAAAAGGUAAGCCGAUAAUGUCAGAUUUAAUAUGAAGAUGCAAAAUACAUUAAGUGUUUUGUAAUAUUAAUUAUAUAAUGUAUAAAAUUGAAACUAAAAGAGUUUUAAAACUCGUUGGAUCCUAUUUUGAAUGUUUAAAAAAUUGAUAAUUACAAUACGUUACUCAUUAGAAAAGAAAUACUAUAUAAAUUUAUCUCGCUUGGCAUAACGUUUUUGUUUUUAAACACGUUAUGAGAGAUUUAUGUGCAAUUUACAACAAAUUAAACAAUCAAAGACACAAAUACUACUUGAAUUUUAUAUUACAACAAAUGUACAAUUGAUGCUAUAUGAAAGUGUUUUAAAUGAAAGUAUUAAGCUCAUUUUUGCCAACGACAGAAGGUAAAAUUAAUGUUUUCAACUAAUUUUUUUAUUAAAUGAUAUAUUUUAAAAUUUACAAAUUAUUAAGAAAAAAAAUCUAAAAAUUUACGUGUACAAAAAAUGAUAUUUUUAAUAUUUUUAUCUACAGAAAUUUAAUUAUAUUUUUUUACUAUCUUUAUGAAAAUUUUUUUUACUUUCUGUUUAUUAUGAUUAAUUCAAGAAAAAAAAAGAAACAAAACAAAAAAAUGAUGAGCCUUAUUCAAUGCCUAAAGAUCAUCUGACAAUAUAAUAUGAGCCUUAUAAGUGCCCCACGUCAUUUGAAAAUUACUCUUUAUUAUUAAGAAAUAAUUUUGUAAAAUCAAUUUAUUUAAGAAAAAUUUUUGUAUAAAACCAAACAAUGCAAGACAACGAUGGGAGCUGAUCUCAUAUUGACCCUAAGAGUUAAAUAAUGAACUGCGUCUGGUAAUAAUUACAAAUAAUAAUAAUUAAGUAAAAUAAUAAAAUAUCGAGCAUUUUUAGUAUUUUCACUUAUAACAUUAAUCUAUGAAAUGUUUUCUCAUGUAUUGUAAACAUUGUCUCACUUGAUUAUUUUAUGAUAAGACGUAUCAGAUAUUACGUCAGACCGAAAGAAAAUCUUACGAUUAAAUCAAGUGCGAAAAAAGAUAAAAAAGACAAAAUAAUAAAGUGGCGGUAAAUUUCUGUGGGUGUUUACAAGUGGGUGCAUAAUGAAAAAUAAAUUAUAAAUGUCCAAGUAAGCAUACAAUAUUAAUGUAAUGACUGUAUUGUUUAUAUCUUUUUACAAAUAAAUCAAGUGCCACUCUGGUGACGUGUUGCAAGUCACCCCAUUAAGUAUUUCCAUUUUUUUUAACAUGGAAUUUAUUCUGAUACAUCUAUCUACAAUAUAAAUACUGUGGCUUUAACUGUAAAAAAUUUAUGUUACAUAUGCAAAAAAAAAACACCAACUCAAUGAUGUAAUACAUAAGUAGCUAGGGGAAGAACUUGAAAAAAAAAAAACAAUUAUACGUAUAUGUGUAUAUUUAUACAAAAGAUAAAGAAUUUAUUAUAUAUAGUGUGCGUGAAGAAUAUUGAAGUUUUGCUUAUGUGAUUGCUCACGCAAAUUGUUAGUCUGCUUAUAUACUGCAUUUUUUAUUGAAUGACGAGAGAAGCGAUUCAAUGCAAGAUAAAUGUGUGUUAAUAAUUAUUUUCCACUGUAGACACCCACUUACGUGAUUCAUUCCACAUUACGAGCUGCCUUGAACAAGAAAGUCCAAUUUUACGUUUUAACUUUAAGUAUAGCAAUUAAAUAUAUUAAACGAAUAAUUAAAUAAAUGAAGAAAUAAAAUGCUCGUUAAAGAAAAAUAAAUAUUUAAACUAUCUUUCAAUAAUUUCAGAAAUAUUAAGUCAUUCUGAAAUAUUUCAACUCUUACUACAAUUGUGCUUUCAUUGAUGCUAAUACGUCCAGUCAUCGUGUAUCACGUUCUUGUGAAGAUAAAUAAUUCAAUGACAAAAGGAAAAUAUUAAAGUUAAAUACAAAA